CUGUCGGCUCCAUGUGAAGCUACAUCUAUCCAGCAGACAUGUUAGGUGGAGAUCCUUCUUGGUACAAUCCAACAAGGCUGUCGGACCGUCCUGCUGCUGUGGGCGAAAGCAUCCGGGUUGUGCUGUGUGGCCAUUGGCUGCUGGUGUGUGGAUGCUGCAUGCAUGCAGCCUCAGCACAGUGAAAGAUGCUGGGACAGCUCCCAGACGCCCCACGUCACUACCGCACCGCCAUGCAAGUACACGGUACACCAUAAGCAGGUAUUUACAUCUGGAUUGGAUGCACAACUUCGAAGAUGGCAUCUUUUGUUUGAACUGCCCCAUUUUUCAUGUGAGCAAAAACAUUGGAACAUGUUACUGACAGGUGUGUUUUGUUGCCCAGGUGUGUCCGAUUGCAUUGCUUAUUCGAUCAAUAAAUAGCACUGAAGGUCUAUGCUCAGUUUCAGAUUGGGUGGGAUGGACUUAGAGGUGAAAACAACAUGAAAACCAGAGAGCAGUCUAUGGGUGAAAAACAAGCAGUUGUGAAUCUGGGAGAAGAUGGAAAAUCAAUCAGAACCAUGGCACAUUUAUCGUAGCCAGUACAACCAAAGAAGAAGCCACCGGUGUACCACACAACAGACGUUCAACAGCGACAGCAUUGGGAGUCAUGUCCUUGCAGCUGACUGCCGAGCAGCAGCGGAGAAUUGAGGAGAACCGACGGAAAGCUUUGGAGAGGAGAGCCCAGAGAGUUGGGCAGACCACCCCUACAAACAAGCAUGGCUCCAUGGAGUGUAUAAACGGUACAUCAGCUCCAAACCGGUUUGCUACAUCCUCCAGUAAAGACUGCCUUACUUCUAGCAACCACAAUAAUUACCCUAAGAUUGAUCCGACUUCUGGCAAUGGGAACCAAAGCUGCUCUUCUUUAAGACAGAUACCAGCCAAGGAUGCACAUCCUCCAGCCAGUUUCCAGCAUGUCAGCCAUCCCAUGGCACGCACAGACAGCAGCAUUGGUGUAAAGCCAGUUCAUCCCAAUUACCCCUCUCCCAGCAAUGCUGCAGUGGGCUCCUUCUACAAACAACCAAACAAACCCACCUCAGACUCUGCUUCUACUUCAAAGGCCGUGCCUGCUAAAAAGCCUGCUAUUUCUACCAGGGGGAAAUGUGUGCUGCACACUGAGGGGCGCUUCAGGGUGGAAGUUGGCUACAAUGCAGAGCUUAUUGCUGUUUUUAAAUCCAUCCCAUCUAAAAGCUAUGAUCCUUCCAACAAGAUGUGGAGCUUCAGUAUGGAGGACUACCAAGAGCUAAUGACCCAAGCAGCAUCCAUCGCCUCAGUGUCAUUGAGGCCUCUGGAGGGCAUGGAGGCAGUAGGCAUGGCGGCAGCCACCAGCCGAGCUCAAGACGGGUUGGCGCUGACCACUCUGCUGAAGCUGUGCAACCGCUGGCAGAAACCAGGCGCCACCCUCCAGGGCCAGUGUACCUUGGUGUCCCCCACCAAGUUUGAGGUUGAUAUCGGUUACCAUGUGGACGUGAUUGCAGCAUUCAAGCAAAUGCCAACAAAGACUUAUGACAUUAAAUCAAGGAAAUGGAGCUUUUCACUUGAGGACUACAGGAGAUUGAUGGAGCUCCUUGGUGGGAUAGCAGCAGUGGAGGUGGAGCCUCUUCCGAGGGCGAUCGUCCAGGCGUUUUCUGCCAGGUUUGAAGGACCUCAAGCCAGGUCUUUGGACGUCCCUGUGGCAGACCUGUCCCACGUCGACCCCUUGAUCACCAGCAGCCUCAUGCCCUUCCAGAGAGAGGGAGUUAAUUUUGCAGUGUUUAAACAAGGCCGCCUCCUCCUGGCUGAUGACAUGGGCCUAGGGAAGACUGUGCAGGCUAUCUGCAUUGCCGCCUACUACAGGGAAGAGUGGCCUGUGCUGGUGGUGGCUCCCUCCUCUGUGCGUUUCACCUGGGCUGAGGCUUUCCGUCGCUGGCUGCCCUCGCUGAGUCCUGACAGUAUCAAUGUGGUGGUGAAAGCCAAAGACAUCCUGGGGGCGGGGCUUGUCAACAUCAUCAGCUAUGACCUCCUCAGCAGGAUGGACAAACAACUUCCACGGAACCACUUUGACAUUCUCAUCAUGGAUGAAUCUCACUUCCUAAAGAACAUAAAGACAGCUCGUUGUAAAGCUGCUCUGCCUCUCUUGAAGACAGCCAAGCGAGUCAUUCUCCUGUCAGGGACCCCGGCCAUGUCCAGACCGUCUGAGCUCUACACGCAGAUUCUGGCUGUCAAACCAACACUCUUCCCACGCUUCCACGAGUAUGGGCUACGCUACUGUGAUGCUAAACAGUUGGCCUGGGGUUGGGAUUACUCUGGCUCCUCCCAUCUCUGCGAACUAAAACUGCUCCUGUCCGAGUGUCUGAUGCUGCGCCGGCUCAAGUCCGACGUUCUCUCCCAGCUUCCUUCCAAGCAACGCAAAGUUGUCACGGUAACCAUCGACGGGGUCAGCAGUCGCACCAAAGCAGCUCUGUCAGCUGCAGCCAAGGAGUUAGCCAAGGGACACAAUAAUAAAAACGCUGAAAAGGAAGCCCUACUCAUUUUUUAUAACCACACAGCUGAAGCCAAGCUGCAAGCCAUUACGGAAUACAUGACUGACAUGUUGGAGUGUGGGAGGGAGAAGUUCCUGGUGUUUGCCCAUCAUAAGCUGGUGCUGGAUCACAUCACAAGUGAACUUGUUAAAAAGGAUGUCGGUUUAAUUCGCAUUGACGGGGCCACCCCCUCUAGUGAGCGCCAGCUGCUGUGCGACAAGUUUCAGCAUUCUAACAAGACGUGCGUGGCCGUGCUGUCCAUCACCGCCGCCAACAUGGGCCUGACCCUGCAUGCCGCCGACCUGGUGAUCUUUGCAGAACUUUUCUGGAACCCUGGGGUCCUGAUCCAGGCUGAAGACAGGGUGCAUCGCAUCGGUCAAACUAACAAUGUGAACGUUCACUAUUUGGUCGCUAAGGGAACAGCUGAUGAUCACCUGUGGCCAAUGAUUCAAGCAAAAAUGGAAGUGUUGGAGCAGGUUGGUCUGUCGGAGUCGAACCUCUCAGCUAAUGCAGCGACAGCUCGAUUCCACUCUAAGGACCACAAACAGAGGAGCAUUGCAGAGAUGUUCGAGAGGUCUUUCAGUGAGGACGACAAGAUGGACAAAGCAAGCCCUUAAGAGGAGUCAACUUCUGUGUUAGAUUUUGAAAAAUGUUGAAGCAUCAUGCAUAACACUUGAUACAUGUUUUUACUCAGCAGAGAAAAAAAUAAAAAUAAAUGUACAGUAGCCAUGGAUGCCUUUUUGUCAUGUAUUUCAUGAUUUAAGAAGUCAGUCUAAUCCAGUGGUGGUGAAGCCCAGGACAAGACAAGAGACUUUUGGUCAAUCAGUGUGAUGCUUCUUCAGGACCUUCAUUCACUCCUGCUCGAAGACUUUGAUUCCUGUUCUUCAGUUGUGAGGGGAAAAAAUGAGAUAAUGACAACAUUAGGUACUUCCAAUUAAUACAAGAGAUGGCAAAACAAUGUCAAAAUCUGUUGUGGCCAGUGAGCAUAAACUGUAUUGACUUGAGUGUUGGCCUCAUGUUGCUAAUAUGGAUAAGUCUAUUGGCUAAUGCACCUCAUCUUGGUGAUGUUUACUUUCACAUUGCUGCUGAUGCUUAUCAGAAGAGACAUCCUGUGGACCUUCAGUUGUGUUUUCAUCUGCAGACAAUGAGGUUCAAUUUUAACACAGCAAAAACAGCAAAAAGCAUUUAUGUGGGU